CACUCCCUCUGCCCCAGGGCUUUGGGUGUGGGGCGUUUGAGUUGUGUGGAAUCUGAAAGAAAUCCACUUCUCCGGAUUUUACUAGCAGCUUGAGGAAGAGUAAGGAAAGUGCUGCGAAGGCUGUCAGCUACAGGCUCUUGGCUUCAGCAUGAUAUACUGGAAAGAAUAUGAGAUUCUGGGAUUAGAAGAACCUUAAGGGCAUGAGUCCCAGACUCUGUACUACCAGCUGUGUGACAUUGGGGAAGUCACUUCAUCCAUCUGAGGCUUGUUUUUCCUGCCUGUCAAAUGAAAAAUAAAAGACACCAACCUCUCAAGGCAAUGAAGACCUGACCUUCCUGGCUCUAAGCCGGAGCUGGCUCUGAGUGAAUGUUGCCAGGGUGAAGGAUGGAGUACUGAAGAAGUGAUGAAGCACCUCUGAUGUGAGAGAUGCUACACAAGACACGACCCAGUCAAUCCAUCCUUUUGCGGAAUAUCAAUUAACAUUGCCCAGCAGUUCAAGAACCUCAAGGCUGACUAACCUUCGCAAAGGAGGCCGACUCCUGCAUCUGGAGGGCAUGGCCUGAGGCAGCAUGGACACCUGGGAACAAAGUAGAGAACCAUCCAUGGAAGCUCUGGGCCUUGCCUCUGGAUGGAAGAUUAAAUCGCCUUACAAGGAAAGUAAGCGCCCAGGAAGAUGUGUUGGAGAGAGAGCACAAGCAGAGGGAGCAGCAGAGAGAGAGGGAGAAGCGGGCUCCUUAUUGAGCAGAGAGUCCGAUGCGGGGCUAGAUCCCAGGACUCCGGGAUCAUGACCUGAGCUGAAGGCAGACGCUUAACGACUGAGCCACCCAGGCGCCCCAAAGAUCCUUACUGGAAGGCAGCAUGUCCAAUUCUACCUUGCGAAAAAUGUCUCCCACAGGAAAUGAUAUGAAGAGUACCACUCAGGGGACCACAUUGAGGCAACAGGAUUUUCAUGAGGUGAACAAAAGAAGGACUUUCUUACAAGACAACAGCUGGAUAAAGAAAUGUCCCAAAGAAGAAAAAGAUGAAAAUUAUGGUAGGGUGGUGCUCAACCGACGUAACUCCCAUGAUGCCUUGGACAGGAAAGCAAAUGAGAGAGAUGAGCCAAAAGCUACGAUUAGUCGGUACGGAUCUGAUGACACUUUAGACAGGAUCUCAGACAGAAAUGAUGCUGCUAAAACACAUAAGGCCAAUACCUUGGAUAACCGACUGACCAAUAGAAACAUGUCCACGUUUAGAUCACCAGAAGUAACAAAGAUGCAGCCUGGAGUUUCGUUCAAUGCCAAUACCACCAGCACCCUGGCUCCCACCUCUGCUACAACUCCUGUAAAGAAAAAGAGACAGUCCUGGUUUCCACCACCUCCUCCAGGUUACAGCACCACCCCAAGCAAGGGAGCAAGCAGAAGGGAACCAACUGUUCACCCUCCCAUACCUCCAAAGCCCAGUUCUCCUGUUCCAUCUCCUAACCAGCUGAGACGGGAGAAUAGGCAGAUAUGUCCACCUAAACCAGGUGUAUAUACAGAAACCAACAGAUCUGCUGAAAGAAAUAUAAGGAGUCAGGAUCUCGAGAACAUUGUCAAAGUGACCACUUCACUUCAGAAAACUAACAAGGGUGAAGAAUUGGAUAAUCUCAUCAAAAUGAACAAAAGCUUGAAUAGAAAUCAAGGUCUUGAUGGUCUCUUCAGAGCAAAUCCUAAGGCAGAGCAAACAGAGAAAAGAGCCAAAAGCCUUGAAAAUCUCAUUUUUAUGAAUACUCGAACAGACAAAGACGGAAAAGGAAACCAAGGCCUUGGAAGUCUUAUUAAAGUUAAUCAAAGGACUGACAAAAAUGAGAAAGGAAGCCAAGAUCUCGAAACGAUUAUCAAAGUGAAUGCCAGGACAGAUAAAACUAGGAGAGGAGGUGAAGACCUUGAUAAUCUUAUCAAAGCAAAGCCCAAAGGAAGUGAAAACGCCACUGGCAAACAAGAUCUCAAUGGAUUGAUUAAAGUGAAUCCUGAAACAAAUAAAAAUAUCAAGAGGGGCCAGAGCCUUGACAAUCUCAUUAAAGUGACUCUUGAAGUAAACAGAAGUAACGCAAGUUCCAAAGAUCUUGAUAACCUCAUCAAAGUGGUUCCAAGAACAGGAAAAAACAUGCAAGGGGGCCAAAGUCUUGACAGCCUCAUCAAAGUGUCUCCUGAAACAAACAGAACUAACCAAAGAAAUCAAGAUCUUGAUAAGCUCAUCAGAGUGAAUCCUGAAACUCUCACCAACAACCAGAGAAACCAGGAUCUGGAUAACCUCAUCAAAGUGAAUCCUGCAGUGACCAGAAGCAGUCAGGGUGAAGGCUUGGACAAUCUCGUUAAAGUGAAAUCUUCAGCUCUCAGAAACCCUGAGCGAGACCAAGACCUGAAAAAUGUAAUUGAAGUAAAUUCUAAUGUGCCUAAAAACAAAAAUGGAAGGCUAGAUGGCCAAGUCGAUGGAUCCACGGAUGCUUUAAACACCCAGCUCACUAGAACUCCUGCCCAUUUGUAUGAAGCCAGGAGAAAUCUCAGCUUCAAUGCUGAAACCAGGCAUGCAGGACCGAAGGAUACCUUUGUGUAUACAAGGACGUAUGUGGAGAACAGAAAAUCACUGAAGGAUGGAUAUCAGAAUAUCUCUGGAAAAUACAUACAAACUGUUUAUUCGACUUCAGAUAGGUCUGUCAUUGAAAGAGAUAUGUGUACUUAUUGCCGGAAACCUUUGGGCACAGAAACAAAAAUGAUUUUAGAUGAAUUACAAAUAUGCUGCCAUUCCACUUGCUUCAAGUGUGAAAUAUGCAAGCGGCCUUUGGAAAACCUACAGGCAGGUGAUAGUAUUUGGAUUUAUAGACAGACAAUACACUGUGAACCUUGCUACUCUAAAGUAAUGGCAAAGUGGAUUCAAUAAUUCUGGCACAUGGAAAUCAAGAGAAAAGUGUUCAUUAGGACGUUAAAUUUUAUUUUAAGAAUAUGUCAUCUAAAAAAGCUUUUACACUGAAGAUUGACCCUUGUAUACAACUAACAAUUCUGCUAUUGCAUAAAUAGUCUAAUUGCCUUCAAUAAGGUCAUAUACAUAAAGGAAGUCAUCUGGUAUCUGGCUAGAUUUAGCCAUGAAAAAUUCAAGUGGUUCCAGUUACCAAUGUCAAAGGGAUGAUGCUUCUGAUGGCAGUGAGCUGUGUCAACCCUAACUAGGUCCAUCUCUGCUCCGUAAGUGGGCUGCACAUUGUGGUUGCCGUUACAGACAAGUUUCCUUUUCUCUCAUCUUUGUUUCCCUAAGGAUUUGUAUUUACAGAUACUAUUGACAUCCUGACAAACUGUCAAAAAAGCAAGAUAUAUUUCUUUUAUGCUCAAAAGAAAUGUUGAUAGAAAUUUUUUUAUGAAGUUUGGCAGAAAGAUGUUUCAUAUAAAGUUGUAUGAACCUCAGAGGAUCACUUGACCCUUCCAUACAAAAUGAUUGGUCCCUUUCUGCUCCCCAGAUUUUCUGAUUCUAAAGCAAGUGUUGUUUUCUCUUUAAAAGCAUAUUUGAAUAUGUGUUUGUUAAGCAUUUUGAACUAAAUAGUACAUCUAACCAAUUUAAUGUUAUCCUUCAGUUUGCCACAGAUAUAAUUUUUAUAGAAUGUUUUAAAAACAGAAACAUGGAUUUAUGAGUAAUGGGUAAAAUUAUACAUGAUGUGUAUAGUUUACAUAUUAUAAGUUGUUAGAUUUUCUUUGCAUGCAUUUCAAAAUCCAAGUAUAUGAAUAAUCUGAGAAAUAAUGGUUGUGGAUUACAAAGACAUGUUCUUUUGCUUGUCGCAUCUAUUCAUAUUACAUAGCACUUUACAGUUGCAGACAGCUUAUAAGUAAAAAUAAAAUGAACUACCAGUUACACAGAACCUUUUGUGGAGUGUCUAUAAAUAUCAUUCACUGAUAUCGAUGUUCUCAAUUACAGAGAUCAUAAUUUUGUAUAUUCUAUGCCAUGCUGGUUAAUGUAAUUCUUUAACUACUUUAGCUAUAGCUUUUAUUUUAUUAUUAUUUUUUUGAGAGAGAAGAGUAGUGGGGGAGGGGCAGGGGGAGAGAGAGAAUCCCAAGCAGGUUCCACGGCCAGUGCAGAUCCCGACACAGAGCUCCAUCUCAAGACUCUGAGACCAUGACCUGAGCCAAAAAUCAAGGGUGGGUUGUUUAACUGACUGAGCCACCCAGGCACCAUAUAGCUUUUAUUUUUAAAGAGCUUUUUCUUGAGGAAUUGAAAAUUCAAUAAUCAUAUAUGAGGAACUAGUAUUAUUGUGAGAAAUUGAAUAUAAACUAUUUUAUAUGCACAUAGCAACUGCUUUCUCAAAGGAAGGCGUACAGAAUAUUGAAGAGAGGGCAGAAUUUUAGGGAAGCUUAAGGUAGUUGUGAAAAACUGACAUCAACUAGGGAGAUUAAAUGAUCAUCAUGUAUUUUCCAAAUGUUGAUAAAUUUAAAGAAUUAUUCUUCUGUGUAAUGAUUUCAAGAAUCUGUUCCUUUUAGAGACUGGUCUGCAAAGCGUUAAGUACAAAACGCUUAUCAAAAUACAGCAAUGUAUAAUUGUCCUAUGGAGGGGAAGCCAGAAAAAACAAUUAAUAAUAAUUGGAUAUUCAUUAAUUCAUGCCUGAUGAGAAGCAGUGGUAAUUGAGCCAUAUGUUUUAUUGUUCUUUUAUUACAUGCUAACAGAGUGGAUCAAAAGAAAGAAUUUUCUUAGGGUUGGAAUUUGUGGCAGAAAAGGACUGAUGGAAGAGUAUCCCUCCCUUUUAUAUGAAGUGUAUUAACAUCUCAAUGCAUUUGUAGUAAUUAAAAAUCAUUUGAAUAUCAUUUUAGAAGUAUUCUACUUUUUAAUGCUUCAUUUAAAAAAAUUUAAAAGGAACAUAUUUCUCACUUUUCUGUAGCUGUUUAAUGGACCCUUUCUUCUAUAAUAAUGUAUUAAAUUAAACCAAAAGCUGUUGUAAAAAUGGAAUAAAUACAGAGCGGGAAAGCAGGGCUUCCAAUUCACUAAGACCACUUCAUUAUGUCUGGGUUUAUUUGUACCAUCAGAAUACAGAUUUCUAAGACAAUUUGGAAGAUCACGU